UUGCCCCUCUUCUAGCGUGUGGGUCACUGCUUGAGUAUAUAAGGGCAUAGAUUGCGACCUAUUGUAACACUGACUCUCCACUGUAAAGUCAACAUACAACUUGCCUGAACUCUCACCGUCGGGCACAAACGCCACGCGAUACGAUGGACUGGGAUGACCGUGUCAAUCUGGAUAACAACGUAUCGUUCCUGUCAUGGAUAAGGAAAUACGAUGACGCACGAGAAAAGCGGCUAACGGAUUGGGUUUCUACGUUUCACCGAGAUCGCCUCCCUUGCAAGCUGACUACACACAAACGCAACGACAGCCGUGGUGCGUACAACUUGGGCUGCAAGGUAGAGUUCGAAAAUGGGGAGAAAUGGGUUGUGCGUCUCCCUAUGGUCGGAAAAGUUGUUAAUGCCGACGAGAAGAUCGAGAUUGAAGUGGCUACGAUGAAUCUAAUCCGUCAGCGAACCACGAUACCCAUCCCCGAGGUCAAAGCUUGGGGACUGGCGGCCGAUAAUGCCCUCGGAAUCGGUCCCUUCAUCAUGAUAGAUUUUGUUGAAGGCAUCAGUGUCGAUGACAUUCUUCAAAACCCCGAUGCCAGAAUCAUGCGACAGGACAUCAGUGAGAGAGCCAUCGAGGUUAUAUUCCGCCAGAUGAUCGAUUUUUCGCUGCAGCUCCGGAAACUUGACUUUCCACACAUCGGCAGCUUAACCACGAAAUCUACCGCUGGUGAGGGUGACUUUGCCGCUACGAUUCAUUCACGACCUGUGACUAAGAAGUCGCAUGACUUUCUUUUGGAAGGCGGAGUUGAUGUUCUUGGUCCUCAAGACGAGAUAUUCGCAUCCACGACCGAGUAUUUUCACCAUGUCGUUGAUCGGGACUUACAACAUCUACGCGACCAGCCCAAUUCAAUCGACGACGAGCACGACGCAAGAGAGAAGUAUAUAUAUUUCAACAUUAUGAAGGCCUUGAUCCCUCGUCACGUUUUGCCAGGCCAUGACAUGGGACCGUUCAAGCUCACAUGUGACGAUUUCCAACCCACAAAUAUGAUCGUCAACAACGAACAGGAUCUCAAAGUCGUCGCAGUGAUUGACUGGGAGUGGUCCUAUACCGCGCCAACCCAGCUGGUCGAUUCCACACCGACGUGGCUUGUGAUCGAGUCUCCAAACGCCUGGACCUCCGUUGAUGAGAGGCUUACCAGGUACAAUAAACACCUGGAAUUAUAUACUCGGCUACUGGAGGAAGAGGAGCCAAAGAUCCUAGGGGAUGGCGUCGCCGAGGACCAGAAGGCCUCGGCAAUGUUACGUGCGUGUCAGAAAGAUGGGCGCCAGUGGUUUCACUUCAUCAUCCUACGUGGCUUCAACGGGCCCACUUGUGUCCCGUUUGCAAAGCUUCGGGAGGAGACAAAGGACUGGGAUGAACUUGUCGCAGCCAUCCCGGAGGAAGAUAUCAAUUCCUUUGUCCAGAAGAAGAUGGCAGACUUGCUGAAGUACGAGAAACAGCUGGUUGAGAUGAAGGAACGAUACAAGCUAGCGCUGAAUGGGGGCUUGAAGGAUUUGGACACCUUUCUCUGCAAGAACACAGAAACGCUGUCUCUUGAUGACUCGCGAUACCAGUGGCAGUCUUGGACUUGUUUUAAUGGGUAAUCUCUGCUCGGC